AUGCCCCUAGUUGACUGGUUGCGAUAUUUUCAUGCUGUCGCACCAUUUGCUACUCAAGAGUACCUUUCUUCAAAUCCAGAAAUUCUCAUUGGUGAGAUCGACUUUAUGAAAAGGAUAAGUGUUCUUUUACUAUCAACAAAUCCUCGAAUAAUUACAAACUAUGUGUUCUCGCGAUAUACUUCAAGUUGGUCAGGAGAACUGGGUGAGAGAUACGAAGAUAUUUCUCAGGAAUUUCAUCGAGUAAUGUACGGAAAAGAGCAGAAGGCACCCAGAUGGAAAUACUGCACCAUUAUGACUAUGCUCCUGCUCAAGCACGCUACCAGUGCAGUGUAUAUUAGAAAAGUAUUUGAUCAGGCGGCUUUGGAAAAAGCAGAUCAAAUGCAGCAUCGAGUUGCCUAUCCAAACUUUAUUUUGGAUGACGAGAAGCUAGAUGAACGUUACAAUGGCCUUGACAUACGCGAUUCUGAAUCCUACAGCGAUAUGUUGGAGAAAAUCAGUCGUUGGAACAUCGAGUACUCUUUCAGACGGCUGACGAAACCUGUAGAUCGUUCCGAGUUCCAUUUAGGCUCAACUGUAGUAAAUGCGCAGUACUCAUCCUUAAAUUCUAUCGGUGACUUUGAAAAGGUGGUCAAAUAG